AAAUUUUUUUUGGGUGAAAAAGUUAGGUGGACGACGUGCCGUCAAGUAGCCACUGAACUGCUACUUCGAGCUUCACAGUCACUUUCUUGAAGUUGUCUUCUAAGGAAGCCAUGGCAAUGAAUCCAAAGCUCCUCUUGACUGCUACAGCACUUGCAGUUCUCUCAGUCAUCUGGGCCUUCGGCACAACCAGUAAUAUGUUAAGACCACCAGCGAUAGAGGGCUCCCGUGAUUUGCUGCAUAAAGCAGACACAGUUAAUCUAACAGGUGCAGUUGGGCCAGAAAGUCUUGCUUUUGACCCCAAUGGAGAAGGUCCCUACACUGGUGUGGCUGAUGGUCGGAUUCUCAAGUGGCAAGGCCAUCAACUUGGCUGGGUUGAUUUUGCAGUCACCUCCUCUCAAAGGAAGGAGUGUUUUCAUCCAUUUGCGCCGGAUAUGGAGCAUAUAUGUGGGAGGCCUUUAGGACUUCGGUUUGAUCGGAAGAAUGGGGAUCUAUAUAUUGCUGAUGCCUAUUUGGGCCUCCAAGUGGUAGGGCCAACUGGAGGCUUAGCUACUCCAAUGGUGACAGAGGUUGAAGGUGCUGUUCUACGCUUCACCAAUGACAUGGACAUUGACGAGCAUGAAGAUGUCAUUUACUUCACAGACACAAGCACAGUAUUCCAGCGAAGGCAAUUUAUAUCGUCAGUCUUGAGCGCAGACAGGACAGGAAGACUGAUGAAAUAUGAUAAAUCCACCAAAGAAGUAAAUAUUUUGCUUCGGGGACUUGCUUUUGCUAAUGGUGUGUCUCUAAGCAAAGAUCAGUCCUUUGUGCUUGUGGCUGAAUCCACUACUUGUAGAAUAGUGAGAUUCUGGCUUCGAGGGCCUAAUGCAGGAAAACAUGAUACUUUUACUGAGCUACCAGGAUUUCCAGACAAUAUUAGAAGGAAUUCGAAAGGAGAGUUUUGGGUGGCUUUGCAUGCAAAGACUGGACUUCUCAUAAAGUGGGUCAUUGCCAAUUCUUGGUCUGGGAAGACUUUGUUAAAGCUUCCCUUAAGCUUCAAGCAACUGCACCAUUUUUUAGUAGGAGGGCAGGCUCACGCAACAGCAAUAAAGCUUAGUGAGGAGGGUGAAGUUUUGGAAGUCUUGGAAGAUCUUGAUGGGAAGACCCUGAGGUUUAUCAGCGAAGUUGAGGAGAGAAAUGGGAAGUUGUGGAUUGGAUCUGUUUUGAUGCCUUUUAUUGGAAUCUACAAUUUGGACUAAGGAAACAACGGGUUCAUUGCCUUGCACUAAAAUCCCAGAAUACGAUGGACAUUCUCCUGUUUUUCAUAUUCCUUUGGGGCUUAGAAUGCCCCGGGGGCCAGACCUGCACUGCCUAUUGUAGUAAAUCUCAUUAAGUACAUGUUGGAGUAUUUUGAUAAAAUAGUUAAAUUCUCAGUUAAAGGUGUAAGUUACAAUGAAAAUAAAUUGGUGAUAUUUUCUGCAAUGUAUAGGUGUUUGAGUGGUUUUGACUAAAGACUUAUUAUAUGAAAUUAUGGCUUCAUAUAAUAAGUUUUUAUAACUUACAAUACAAAUUUGAAUGUGUUUUGAAUGGCCAAUAAUUUCAGCA